CAUAAAGACGGCAAAACUGGUUGACAGGCGACAGCUAAAUAAAAAGAAAUUUGAUCGCGUUGAACUUUGAAGCUGUGAAAUAAAUUAAAAUGACAGUCCAACAGCUUAACUCGAAUAUUUCUGACGACUCAGAUGAUAUGGUUAGCUUACCGUCCGAAGAGGAAAUUUAUAGGCGAAAAUAUCAAUUAUUGUUGGAGCGAUGUGAAGUCUUACAACAGGAUAACGAGAGAAUAAUUAAUAGGAUACAUGAAGCGAAGAAAAUAACCAAGCGCUAUCGCAAAGAUAUUAAAAUACUAGUUGAACGAUUAGAUAGGCAUGGAGAUCAGUUUAGAACAGCAUCUUUGGAGGUGGAUACGAAGCCCGAGGUGAUAGUUCGGCCAGCACGCGCUGGAGGGAAAACACAAGCCGUGUCUAAACAAACAGACAAACAGAAUGCUACUGGUGGGAAAAAACCAGGUCCAAAGCGAAAAAGCAAAGCUGACAAGCCUGAACGAGAUCCAAAUGCUCCAAAAAAGCCAUGCAAUGCAUUUUUCCAAUUCUGUCAAGAACAGAGGCCAUUAGUGGUGGCUGAGGCAAACUCUGAGUUAGGUUCAGAGCCAUCAAAACAAGAGGUAACCAGACAACUCGCCUCAAGGUGGAGAGCUCUCAAUAAUGAAGAGAAAAGGGUGUAUGUGGCCAUGUUUGAGCGAUCAAAGGAAAAAUAUGCUGAACAAAUGUCAGCUUACAUAAAAAAGGAACAAUGACAAUUACCAACACCAGGCAGUAAUAGCACUUAAUUUCCUUGUGAUCAUCUCAGCUUUAAGAUUAGGUUAACUAUUAAACAGUAUUUUUAAGAUAAA